GACUACCUGCGGGGAGUUCGUGAGCAAACGCAGCCAGGGAGAAAGGACAAAAAGAAAGCAAAGGGCAAACUGCCACCGUGGGGUGGGGGCACCGCCGAGAAGUUACUGUGCCCCCGCGAGGAUUUUCCGCAGCUCGGCCGAAGAGACCAGGGCGGCCCGGGGCGCGGCGCGGCCCUGGGCUCGGCCCCUAGCCCCCUCUUCCCGGGCGAGAGCGACUCCGGGGCGCGAAGUGGGGUGCAGCGAGCGCGGGCGGGCCGAACGGGUCCCCGUGGACAGCCAACAUUGAUUUCCUCCGGGCGGAGGGCGACGGCCCGGGCGGCGGCGGCGGCGGGCUGCAGCCGCGGCACGGCGAGAGCAUGUCCAAGCCGGUGGACCACGUCAAGCGGCCCAUGAACGCCUUCAUGGUGUGGUCGCGGGCUCAGCGGCGCAAGAUGGCCCAGGAAAACCCCAAGAUGCACAACUCGGAGAUCAGCAAGCGCCUGGGCGCCGAGUGGAAGCUGCUCACCGAGUCGGAGAAGCGGCCGUUCAUCGACGAGGCGAAGCGCCUGCGCGCCAUGCACAUGAAGGAGCACCCUGACUACAAGUACCGGCCGCGGCGCAAGCCCAAGACGCUGCUCAAGAAGGACAAGUUCGCUUUCCCGGUGCCCUACGGCCUGGGCGGCGUGGCCGACGCUGAGCACCCGGCGCUCAAGGCGGGCGCCGGGCUGCACGCGGGCGCGGGCGGCGGCCUGGUGCCUGAAUCGCUGCUCGCCAAUCCCGAGAAGGCGGCCGCCGCCGCUGCCGCCGCCGCCGCGCGCGUCUUCUUCCCGCAGUCGGCCGCCGCUGCCGCCGCCGCCGCCGCCGCCGCCGCCGCCGGCAGUCCCUACUCGCUACUCGACUUGGGCUCCAAGAUGGCAGAGAUCUCGUCGUCGUCGUCCGGCCUCCCGUACGCGUCGUCGCUGGGCUACCCGACCGCGGGCGCCGGCGCCUUCCAUGGCGCGGCGGCGGCGGCUGCAGCGGCGGCCGCGGCCGCCGGGGGGCACACGCACUCGCACCCUAGCCCGGGCAACCCGGGCUACAUGAUCCCGUGCAACUGCAGCGCGUGGCCCAGCCCCGGGCUGCAGCCGCCGCUCGCCUACAUCCUGCUGCCGGGCAUGGGCAAGCCUCAGCUGGACCCCUACCCCGCGGCCUACGCCGCCGCGCUAUGACCCCCGCGGGGCCGCCUCGCGAGGACCGGUGUGCACACGUGUACAUAUGUAUAGGUACGAGCUCCGCGGCCUCCCCGUGCGCCCUCCCGCGACGGGGGCCCCGGUUUGUAUGUACAUAAGAUGUAUAGGUGCAGGCAGAGGCGGAGAUGCCAGUCGGGGCGCGAGUGGCAGAGCGCGGGAGUGCUCGGGCGAGUGUGCGUGUGGAUUCACAGGAUCAUUUCAGACCCGCACUUCGGCAGCCUACUCUAAGGAGGGUGGUUGUAUCCGACAGCAGUUGAUGUUUGCUUUGCACUUCGGAACCUGUUGCGUUUUGGCCCACAGAGGUGGAGGAGUAACUGUUUUUGACAAGUUGGGCUUUCCAGUUUUGUUUGUUGGAAGUUUAUUGUCGGUUUUGUUUUUGUUUCUCAUCUCUUUUUUUUUUUUUUUCUCCUGGUCUGUGUCGCAUGCACUCUGUUCAAGUGUUAGGUCUGAAAUGGCUAGCACGAGGGAAAAGCUGAUGUGUCAUGAGUUUCUCGGAGCGAGAUGACUCUGAGCAGCCUUGCUCCCUAUUUGUACUAUUUGACUUCGCGAAUCUCUGUUCUCUCAAGCAGAACCCCCAGACGGGAUCCAUUCUUGACCAGUGACCGGCUCGAAUAUGGCCUUUUGUAUGUGAGAUGACCACGCUUUCUUUUGUUUAUCACGUCAUAUGCAAAUGAGAGCGAGAGCUCUUAAAAGCAAGGAAUGCAAACAAGAAAUGUGUAUGAGAUGAAAAGUUGUCAGUUGGAUUUUAGCCCUUAAAAAAAAAAAAAAAAAAGACUGCUAGGUUUCCCUGAAUCCACUUGCUUGGAUUUCUGACACAGUUUACAGAAAGAUAAAAGGCACUGUUCCUAUUAUCCCCUUAUGGCUGAGUUCACCUUAAGAUUGUAAAUGUGUAUAUGUCCGUGAAAACACUGAGUCUGAAAAUGUGUUGUUGGCGUUGCCCUAAAUUUGAGUCGGUUUUAGACUCUAAAGCAUUUUGAGCAAAUGUCAAAGUUAACUUUUAAAAAUUGCGGGACUAUUUCUAGAAUCGCAAUUUUAUCUUAAGAAUAAAUCAGACUUUUUUGUCUGAGUGGUAAUUAUAUAUUUAUUAUUUAGCAAAACUGAAAAAAGAAAAAGACACCAGAAUUGUUUUGACAGAUGUCUCUCAUUUUCAGCUAGCAUUUCUUCACCAACUUGAACCGCUUAAAUGUGUUUUGGAGUUUCCUCCCUAAUUAGCUUAUUUUUUAGAUUACCUGCAAUUCAUUUGCAAAUUAUGAUAAAACACAUUUUAGAGAAAAGAACCUCAAUUAUAGCUUUUUGUUCCUUUUUUAAAUGUAUAUAUUUUGACUAAUGUUUGUGAAUGAAGUUGGCUAACAUGUAUUUAGUUUCAUUUUGACUUUAUGUAAUAUAAAGUUUUAAAAAGUUUAAGUAUUGGUUUUAACCUUUAUGUGUAAAUGGUUUUCUUGUGUGAUCUUCUAAUUUAAUAUUAGACGUCUAAACUAUAUCUGUAAAUUAGAAUCCGACUAUCACUCUGUUCAUUUUUUUUGAACAAAGAGUUUAAAUAAAGCCUGAACCAGGGAAAAGAGAAAA